CCUUGUUGUGUCUUCACGCAUAGGCUCGUUCCACAAUGGACUACCCGCAGCCACCUGAGGGCUCCACUGAUGUUUUCUCCGUCUCUGACCAAGUGCUUUCUGAGAAACUACAAUUCAUUGAGGAGAUUGGAUUUGGCAACUGGGGCAGCGUAUGGUUGUGUCAACCCAAGCCUUCAUCUCCCAACGGCGACAAUGCUGAUGAAGAGGGCAUUGUACGCGUUCGCGAAGCCAAGAUCGCUGUGAAGCUCGUGCAUCGGUCCAAGACCUCGACCACCGCUGCGCGCGUCAGGUCCUUAUGGAACGAGAUGAAGAUCGUUCGGUCCUUCAAAGCGGACCCGCACCCGUCGAUUGUUCCAUUCCACUCUUUCAUUAUUACGCCCUCCUACGCGUUGAUAACUAUGGCCUACCUUCCCAAGCUCAUCCCUGUCGAAGUAGAAGAGACUAAGGCCCGGGAAUGGUUUC